AAUCUCAAGUAAUGGGUCAGAGCUGAGGGUCUACAGUCUCCCCUGUAUUUAGCUUUCCUAAUGUUUAUUGGAGUCAAACUACAGUCUCGACUUUUCGCUUCUCUUUUGUGAAGAAUCUGACAAAGAGUUUGAUUUAGACCAUCCUUGUAUUUCUAAUGGCUGAUGAAGAACCCAGUGAUCAGAAGAAGUACCUUGAGGACUCAUGCAAACCCAAAUGCGUUAAACCUUUUCUUGAGUAUAAGGCAUGUGUUCAAAGGAUUGAAGGCGAUGAUUCUGGGCACAAGCAUUGCACUGGACAAUAUUUUGAUUAUUGGCAGUGUGUUGAUAAAUGCGUUGCACCUAAGCUAUUGGAGACGCUCAAGUGAUUGGAGAGGGGGAUUAUGGGAAUAAUCAUGUAUCAUCUUGCACUAUUGUUUUGGAAUCCACUUUUGAGUCUCUGAAACUGUUUAUCUUGAGUUAUAUGGGGAUAGUUGUACUCCAGUUCCCGCAACAUAGUUUGUUGGAAUUCAGUUACAGUAAUAAAAGAGUCUACUGGAAUGAGAUUUGAUCAUCA